AUGCCCUUGCAGGUCCCCAUUUAUAAACCGAAAAGGGCCAUGCAAGGAGGAGCGAGGAUUGCAUUGUACGUCAAGGAAGGCCGCUUUCGGAUCGAGGAGAGAACGCUGACUGCUUUCCAGUGGCUGUACUCCCCGCAACAGCAUCAUAUUGUCAGCCGAGCUGAUCUGGCAUCACCAAGCAGGAUUGACAAAAAAAUGCUCGCCAGUCUGAAGAUCAAGAAACAGGAGCUGUUAAACAACACAGAUGUGACCAUUCCAGACCGGCCUUUAUCCCCUCCACUCACUGCCCCAGCAACCAUGAAGUCUGCAGAGUUCUUUGAAAUGCUGGAAAAAAUGCAGGCACCAAAACCUGAAGACCAGAGAACUGGAAGCCAGAAAAAUAAGGAAGAUUACAUCCCAUACCCCAGCAUUGAUGAGAUUUUAGAGAAAGGAAGCCCUUAUCCCUUGAUCAUUCUGCCCCAGUUUGGAGGGUACUGGAUUGAAGAUCCGGAAAAUCUCAGCACGCCCACCUCGUCGGAUAGCAGCAUCUCUGAAGAGGAAGAGGAAAACCUUAGCCCUAGCACGUAUGGGUAUAAAUUAGAAUGCAAAGGUGAAGCCAGGGCAUACAGAAAACACUUUCUAGGGAAGGAUCAUUUAAAUUUUUAUUGUACAGCCAGCAGCCUAGGAAAUCUGAUCCUUUCUAUUAAGUGUGAAGAGGCAGAUGGUACUGAAUAUUUACGGAUUAUACUCAGGUCCAAACUGAAAACAUUACAUGAAAGAAUCCCCCUGGCAGGACUUAGCAAGUUUCCUAGUAUCCCACAGAUUGCAAAGGCUUUCUGUGACGAUGCCUCUGGACUGAAAUUUAAUCCAGUCCUGUACCCCAAGGCAUCCCAGAUGAUAGUGUCUUAUGAUGAGCAUGAGGUUAAUAACACAUUUAAAUUUGGUGUGAUUUAUCAAAAGUUUAAACAGACUUUAGAGGAAGAAUUGUUUGGGAAUAAUGAAGAGAGCCCUGCUUUCACGAACUUCUUGAGUUUGCUAGGGGAAACCAUAACACUCCAGGAUUUCAAAGGUUUCCGAGGGGGCCUGGAUGUAAUGCAUGGUCAGACUGGUACCGAGUCUGUGUACACUGUAUUCAGGGACAGAGAGAUUAUGUUUCAUGUCUCCACAAAGUUGCCUUUUACUGAAGGAGAUGCACAACAGCUCCAGAGAAAGAGACACAUUGGUAACGACAUAGUGGCAAUUAUAUUUCAAGAAGAAAACACUCCAUUUGUCCCAGAUAUGAUUGCCUCAAAUUUCCUGCAUGCAUACAUUGUUGUGCAAGUGGAGAGCCCUGAAACAGACAAUGAAUCUUACAAGGUGUCGGUCACUGCCCGGGAAGAUGUCCCUUCAUUUGGUCCUUCUCUGCCAAGCCCACCAGUAUUUCAAAAAAACACAGAGUUCAGGGAGUUCCUGCUCACCAAACUCAUCAAUGCUGAAAAUGCUUGCUGCAAAUCUGACAAGUUUGCAAAGCUGGAGGACCGGACACGAGCUGCAUUGCUGGACAAUCUCCAUGAUGAGCUCCAUACACACACACAGGCAAUGCUAGGGCUGGGGCCAGAGGAAGAUAAGCUUGAGAAUGGAGGUCAUGGAGGUUUCUUGGAAUCAUUUAAGAGAGCCAUUCGAGUCCGCAGCCAUUCAAUGGAAACCAUGGUGGGGAGUCAGAAGAAACAUCACAGUGGAGGGAUCCCAGGGAGCCUGAGUGGAGGAAUCACCCACAACAGUGGUGAAGUAACAAAGACCACCUUCUCGCCUCCUGUAGCCGCAGCAACAGCCAAGAACCAGUCAAGGAGUCCUAUUAAGCGACGGUCGGGGUUGUUCCCCCGCCUGCACACUGGAUCAGAAAGCCAAUCAGAAAGCAGGACGAGAUGUGACAGUGUCUCAGGAACACAGAAGACACCAGACGGGGGACAUUCUUCUCAGGACAUGAAAUCAGAAACCUCAUCUAACCCUAGCUCUCCUGAAAUAUGCCCCAACAAAGAAAGGCCAUUUAUUAAAUUGAAAGAGAAUGGAAGAUCAAACAUCUCACGCUCUUCAUCAAGUACCAGCAGCUUCGGCAGCACGGCAGGGGAGAGCGAAACCUUGGAAGAGUACGACAGCGUGGGCAGCCAGCCAUCCACAGCCUCGCCUUUCAAACAGGACGUGUUUUUCUACGGCUCUUCUCCCAGCAACGAGAAUUCGAGCAUGGCAGCUGCUGCUACACCGGUGAUCAUGAGCAGGAGUCCCACAGAUAUAAAGAGCAGAAACUCUCCGAGGUCCAAUCUAAAGUUUCGCUUCGAUAAGCUUAGCCAUGCCAGUUCCAGCACGGUGGCUCAGUUGUGCAAAAUGGUUGCUUUUAUGGAAAGGGGAGGGCAGAAAAAGGGAUUGGGAGAAGCAGAGGGUCUGUUGAUGGCCAGUCCCUGGGCGACAUCCGCAGGGGUACCUGUUAAAGCUGGUCCAAAUGCUUCAAAACUGUGA